AUGCAGUUCAAGAUUUUUACUGUGCUGCUUGCUAUCGGCCUUCCACUGGCCCUGGCAUCUCCAAUUCCUACGGAGGAGGUUGAGGCCAUUCCAUAUUACCCCAAGAGGAGUGGGGAUGCCGAAGCUAUUCCUUAUUACCCCAAGCGCAGCGAGGAGGCAGAGGCCAUUCCCUACUACCCGAAGCGUAGUGAGGACGCGGAGGCUAUUCCUUACUACCCCAAGCGCAGCGAGGAGGCAGAGGCCAUUCCCUACUACCCGAAGCGUAGUGAGGACGCGGAGGCUAAUCCUUACUACCCCAAGCGCAGCGAGGAGGCAGAGGCCAUUCCCUACUACCCGAAGCGUAGUGAGAAUGCUGAAGCUAUUCCUUACUACCCAAAGCGGAGCGAAGACGCCGAGGCUAUUCCCUUCUAUCCUUGA